CUCAAGGUGUGCAGUGAAAUACUGAAACUUUGAUUCUAGGGCUUUUCCUUUACCCAGUUCAAAAAUGGCGAAAAAUGUCUACUUUUUCACAAUAAUCACCACAUUGCCAUUACUACUAUUGCUAUUAUUAUCCAUGGCUUCAGAUUGUGUAGCUUAUCGACCUGGAGAUAUCGUUCCCAUGAGUAAAAUGGGUCAAUAUCAUUCUUCAAGAACAGUUUGGCAUGAUAUGAUUGGUCGCCACUGCCCUAUCUUUGGUGUAAAUCGUGAGGUGUUGAUUCCUAUAUCUAAGCCAACUGGUUUCACUGGUGCUGAUCCUUACAAAAUAUCAUUUCAAGUUGGAAAAGAAAAGUAUCAUAUUCCAUGGCUACUUGUGGUUAAUCGGAAGAGUUCUGAGGUCCCCAUGAUUGAUGUGCAUUUGAGGUACUCUGGAAGUGAUUUUCUUGGUGUCACUGCCAAGGUUAUAGACAUGCCACAUAAUUAUGUGGAGCAGCAUCCUGACAUUGGCAAGCAAUUUUGGGAUGCACAAUUAUGGCCAAAACACGUUCUUGUCAGAUACACAUGGGAGGAACAAUCAGAAAUAGAUGUUACUUCUGGGUUCUAUGUUCUCUUUGGAUCAGGACUUCUUAUGUCAUUUGUCCUUUCCAUCUAUAUUCUGCAAUCUUCACGUGAUAAAAUAGAAAGGUUUGUAAAGGAGACUGUAGCUGAAAGUAGCAUGUCUGGGGGAGUGGCGAAAGUCGAAUGAAUUCUAUGAAAGAAAAUAUACACAGAACUCAUUAAUCUUUUUCUUUACUUGAAAGUUAGUUUCUGCAUGUUAGAAUAUUAACGCUAUCAGAUCACAUGGAGAACUCUAAAACUUGUAAGUAUGAGAGGUUGUUCUUUUUUUUUUUUUUUUUUUUUUUCCCUUUUACUGUGAACAAAUAUUACUAGAGAGCAAAGAAAGAUAUAGAACGCUAAUGUACUAUUGUUUGAAUUUUUACCUAUGAUAACAAUUUGCAUAAUCUGCAUCCUUAA